GCGAAAAACAUGAACGGUUUGAUUUGAGAGAGUAAGACAAAAUGAGGAAGAGGGUUCGUUCCUCUCCAUUUUCAACCAUUCCCCCAACUUCCAUUUCUUCGUAUCCAUUAAUUUCUUCAUUCCAUUUUUCUUCGCCCCUUUUUCCUCUUCUUCUUCUCUGUAUUUAUUUUUGGGUUCUUAAUCUGCUUAUUUGGAGCUGGAUCUGCCACCCAGCCCUCACACCCCCCGCCCCCACGGACCCCUCCUCUUCUCUUCUCUUCUCUUCUCUUCUGGCUCUUCCUUCUUUCCCCUUUUCCCCUUUAUUCCCUUUUCCUCUUCUUUUCUUUGCUCUUCUGGGGUCUCAUCAUCUCUGGGGGUCACCGCAUUUCUUGCUUUCUAAUCGCUUUUCUCUUUUAAUCAUCUCUGGGUUGUGAUUCUGGUGUCUUGAGGGAAUGUGGAGGGACGCUGGAGCUCCUGCUGAUUCUUUCUAUGAGGUUCGCCCUGAGUGCACCGAUGUUCCCAAAACCCGCUUCAAGAUCAGGGCUGGGAAGACCUUGAGUGUAAGAAAAUGGCAAGGAGCAUUCAAUCCCGAAGGCCAACUGGACAUUGCGAAGACUCUAAAUCGCAUUCAUCGUGGGGGGAUCCAUCCUUCAAUCAGAGGAGAAGUGUGGGAGUUUCUUCUUGGUUGUUAUGAUCCUACCAGCACCUAUGAGGAAAGAGAAGAGAUUCGCCAGCGUCGAAGGAUACAGUAUGCUACGUUUAAGGAAGACUGUCGACAGAUGUUUCCUGUCGUUGGAAGUGGUAGAUACAUCACAGCUCCUGUAAUCACAGAGGAUGGUACGCCUAUUCAUGACCCGCUUGUACUUUUGGAAACAAAUCCAGGGAGUGGUCCGCUUAUACCCCAAGAAUCAAAUUCACAAUCAAAUUCCUCUAAUAGUAUGGAACCUGUGACUGAUCCAAAAAUAAUUCAGUGGAUGCUUACUUUACAUCAGAUAGGUCUUGAUGUGGUUCGGACUGACAGAACAUUGGUGUUCUAUGAAAAGCAAGAAAACUUGUCGAAACUUUGGGAUAUUCUUGCUGUUUAUGCUUGGAUCGAUAAAGACGUUGGCUACUGUCAAGGAAUGAGUGAUCUUUGUUCCCCCAUGAUAAUGCUUCUCGAGGAUGAAGGCGAUGCGUUUUGGUGCUUUGAACGUUUGAUGCGCAGAUUGCGAGGGAACUUCCGAUGCACGGAUAGCUCUGUCGGUGUGGAGACUCAACUCAGUAAUCUGGCUGCUAUCACGCAAGUGAUUGAUCCAAAGCUCCAUCAACACUUGGAGACACUUGGUGGUGGCGAUUAUCUUUUCGCUUUCAGGAUGCUUAUGGUUUUGUUUCGUCGAGAGUUUUCGUUUUGCGAUUCUUUGUAUCUCUGGGAGAUGAUGUGGGCACUGGAAUAUGAUCCUGAUCAGUUCACAGUGUAUGAAGAACCUGAUGUGUGCAGUGAUAAAGGCGAUGGGUCGAAAGGAAAAGCAAAAGCGAUACGUCAAUGCGGGAAAUACGAGAGGGAGAACUUGAAAGCAAAGAACUCACAAGCUCCUCUUCCAAUCUCUGUUUUCCUUGUUGCUAGUGUGUUGAAAGAUAAGAGCACAAAGCUGCUUACAGAAGCUCGGGGUCUCGACGAUGUUGUGAAGAUAUUGAACGACAUGACUGGAAAUCUGGAUGCCAAGAAAGCAUGCACUGGAGCAAUGAAGCUUCACAAGAAAUAUCUAAAAAAGGCCAAGAAGCCAUAGCCAUAGAGAAAGCUGAAGCUAUGUCUUACUCCGAUGAUCGAGUUGAUCGGGGCAAGAGAUUAUCGUAUACUUGUCUGGCACGAACAGGUGGGCGGAAUUAAGUGGAAGUAUCCGAGUUUUCUGACCAGCUCUAUACAUUCCCACAUUUCAAAUUUGUUGUAUGUAAUUGUUCAUUUUCUUCUAUGAUUCUUUGUAACAAAUUGAUGGAUACGGACGUAAAUAUCAUUUGUAUACGGGAAAUAUUCCCACAGCAAUUCAUGAAUUUAUUAUUUAUUUUUUAAAUCUUU